AUGCCAGACUACUCAAGGUAUGAGCGGCCCCUUCGCAGCAGUGCUGAUGUCGAACAGAGACAAUCUGGAAGCAAUCCAGGGCGCCGUGACCAGGGACCGCCUCCGCAAGGAUCCGAGGUCGGGCAUAUCACAAAGCCCGGACCAGAGCACAGCACAAAGACGCCGGAGGUGCUUUCGCAUCCCAAGAGCAGCGCUCGCGACCCGGCAAAGCCAAGCAUCGUCUCUGCCAAUAUAAAGCUCUUGGUGGAGAUAUCAAGCAGUGCUUUGUUCAGCACGCAUGCGGUUGUCUACAUCGAGUCCUUUCCAGUUCAAAGCCACGAAGUUUCGGUUGGAGAUACCAAAGCCCGGGUUUUUCUUGGAAGUCUCGGCGAGCUUGCAAGACGGCUUCCGCGCCACUACCAAAACCACAGCGUGUUUAUAAAGCAUCCGCUCGGCGAGAUUGAGCUCCUGGGUCCUCUGAGCAAGAUUGUCGAACAGCGCACAGACCUGAUCCAGCUCCAGCCCAUCAUCCACGAAGCAGAUUGUUUCGAGGCCAGCUUAUGUCUAGCCUCGCUUGUGGAGCCCUCCUUGAAGCUCUCGGGGGGCCUCUCAUCGGCACGCGGAUUCACAGACGACCCACAUGACGAAGCGCACCCAUCAAGCGUGAGCCGCUCGCAGCCUCCGCUGGACAACGGCGACAAGAAUGAGAGGCGGAAAGAUCGGCAAAAGCUCGCCUAGAGGGAAUCAGACGAGGGCACUGCGCUAUCAGCUCAGCAGAAGCGCACACUCAAAUACCGAUGCCGCAUCAAAGUGGGUUCUGUUGCGAUGCUGACUGCCAAAAAACGGCGAGUCUACCGAACAUUUCAUUCCGAUGCGGACACGGCCAAGAGGCAUUGGCUAUACCCAAUAUACAAUACUCACAAAUGGAGCGGGUGCCACAAUCGAGUUUCGUCCGAUCUUCGCUCUAAAUUCUGGCAGACAUCCACUGUCCAGUCCCAGUCCCACCCAGAACAUGGCGGCGGCGUGACAGUCGGCCCUCGCCCGUAGGUAUUGACCAGAUGUGUCCAGAGACGUGUUUCUUCAGGGGCGGCAGUACGACAGAGGACAAGAAGCAGUCGGCAAGCCGAGACCGCA